AUGGCGAUGCUGUCUCAGAUCUGUUGGCUUGCUCCUGACGCUUCUGUACGACAAAGCUUGAAAACAGCCUUCCAUAGAAGCCAGACACUGGGCUACAGGAAUGGCUAUGCAAUUGUUCGACGUCCAACAGUUGGGAUAGGCGGGGACCGGCUCCAGGUCAACCAGCUGUCCCAGGCUGAGCUGGAUGAGUUGGCUAAUAAGGCACCAGUUCUAACUUAUGGCCAACCUAAGCAGGCCCCACCUGCAGACUUUAUUCCUGCGCAUGUGGCUUUCGACAAAAAGGUUCUUCGAUUCUAUGCGACCUGGGAUGAUACAGACAGCAUGUUCGGUGAAUGUCGGAACUACAUCAUUCAUUACUAUCUUAUGGAUGAUACGGUGGAAAUUCGAGAGGUUCACGAACGAAAUGAUGGGCGAGAUCCUUUCCCACUCCUAAUGAACCGUCAGCGUAUGCCCAAGGUUUUAGUGGAGAAUUCAAAGAACUUCCCUCGGUGUGUGCUGGAAAUCUCUGAUCAAGAGGUGUUGGAAUGGUAUACUGCCAAAGACUUCAUUGUUGGGAAACCACUUACUAUCCUUGGGAGAACUUUCUUCAUUUAUGAUUGCGAUCCAUUUACUCGACAGUAUUACAAAGAGAAGUUUGGAAUCCCUGAUUUGCCACGUAUUGAUGUGAGCAAGCAGGAACCACCUCCUGUAAAACAGGAAUUACCUCCUUAUAAUGGUUUUGGACUCUUUGAAGAUUCUGCUCAGAAUUGCUUUGUUCUCAUUCCAAAAGCUCCAAAAACAAAUGUUAUUAAAAUGCUGUUACAUGAUAACAAGGUGCUUCGUUAUUUGGCUGCACUGGAAUCACCCAUACCAGAAGACAAAGGCCGCCGAUUCAUCUUUUCUUACUUUCUAGCUACUGACAUGAUCAGUAUCUUUGAGCCUCCUGUUCGCAAUUCUGGGAUCAUUGGGGGCAAGUACCUUGGCAGGACUAAAGUUGUUAAACCAAAUUCUACGGCAGACAACCCCAUCUACUAUGGCCCUAGUGACUUCUACAUCGGUGCUGUGGUUGAGGUGUUUGGCCACCGGUUCGUCAUCCUUGAUACAGAUGAAUAUGUUUUGAAAUACAUGGAGAGCAACGCUGCCCAGUAUACACCAGAAGCACUCUCGUCAAUUCAGAACCAUAUCCGAAAGCAAGAAGCUCCUGCAUCAAAAUUGGAUAACAAGCAAACUGAAGAGGAUCCGGGUGUGCAAGAAAUGGAAGCCUUAAUAGACAAAAUCCAGAAGCAACUGAAAGAUCAUUCAUGCAAAGACAACAUUCGUGAGGCAUUUCAAGUUUAUGACAAGGAAGCUUCAGGAUAUGUGGACAGAGAGAUGUUCUUCAAAAUCUGUGAAUCUCUUAAUGUCCCAAUUGAUGACUCCUUGGUUAAGGAGUUAAUCAGGAUGUGCUCUCACGGAGAAGCCAAGAUUGACUACUAUAACUUUGUCCGUGCUUUCGCAAACUGA